GACAGUAACAAAUAUUUAUUCAACCCAAGAGCAAUGGAAUUGAACAACGCGCGAAAAGACAGACAAUACUAAUUACCUUAAAACAAUAAUUAAGAUAGAAGGAUGGCGAGCGUUAGCGAUUCGAAGAUAGCGCUCGUGGGAACAAAAGCCUUUACUUAUCCAUUCCUUCUAUUCGAAGUGGCAAAUUUCUGUCGGGCAUCGAAACUCGGAAAAAAAUCGGAGGAAACGAAAGCAAUGAAUCGCGAUAAAAAGCAUCGCAUCUCGAGAGCUAUGCACUCGAAACUCACGAAUGCUCUCGUGGGGGAGAAGAAGUAGCCUCGAUAGAAGCAAAAUAGCAAACGAAAGAAGUGGCGAAAAACAAAGGGCGCGUACAGGAUAAACGGCACAGGGAAGAGGGGAAGGUAUCUUUGUAUACGUACACUUGCCCAUAUACAAACGUGUCGAGGAGAGGAUGCAAAUGACACGAUGGGAAAGAAGGAGAAGAAAACCCUUUGGGGACGAGGAAGAGGAGGAGGAGGUAUUGGUUGAGGGAUCAGGUGAGAAGGGAUUGGUAUGGGGGGUCAGGGAGAAAUAUGCUCGCGCAAUGGGUUGCUUCUGCACUGGGACCAAAACGGGGGGUGAGGAUUGAGCCGCGUUUAGCGGGUAAAAGAAAGGCGAGGAGACGCAGGGGGUGGAGAAAGAAGGGCAAGAAAGAGGAGACAGCCAGAAAUGGGGGUGGAGGAAAAGAGGAAUGAAAGAGGAGACCGGGAGAGUGAAAGAGAGAGGGAGAGAGUGGAAGGAGGAGAGAGGAUCUGCGAGAUGGGAGGGAGGGAGUCUGCGUGGUCGAGGGACGGAGAAGGAGAAUGAUAGAGGGAGAUGGGACGAGAGCGAGAGAGAAAGGACGGGGGUUGAUUCGUAGAGCUCAGUUACGCCGCGCCCCUUGCGAAGUGCGCUGCGCCUCACGAGCGAGAUCACGGUGUCUUCGCGGCUCGAAAAAUACUUUUUCCGACCACGUUUCCGCGUCCUCGCCAAGAUUUUUUAGUUUUAUCGUGCGUGCCUCGUUCGUUCUUAUCCCUCCCCUCCCUCUUUUUUUUUCGCUUCCUACAGAUACGUCGAGUUGCACAAAGGGAAUAAAUUAUCGAACCACGUUUCCAUGUGAUCGAGUCGUGUCCCAACCACCUCACGAGUUUCACGAGGUACGAGAGCGUGGUUGGAUCGAGAGUGACAUACGAUAAUACUCGAGUGUGGCAGUGAUGUAAAAGUGUGGUAAAUGGACAGGAAGAUUUUUGUGAGUCGAGUAUAUUGUGAGAUGUGUUCUUGUUGAUUUUUAUUAUUAGACGAUUGGAUGAAAGGACUGGUAGAUAAAGGUGGAAAAGAAGAUUGUGUGGGUGUUGAUUGAACGGGGUUGCGUUGGAAUGUGUAGAUAAAGUUAAAAAAGAGACUCGAUUCCAUUGGUUACAAGUAGAAGAGGCUCGAGCGGUUUACACGAUGGAUAAUGGACUUUGCUGAAGGACUUCCCUUCAGUUUCUUUUAACACAGACGCUUCACGUACCUCGAGAUCGAGAAUCGAGAAUAUCGUGGCGAUUCACGGGGAUAGAAAACAGCUUUGCGAUGAACCAAGCGAAACGAGGCAUUAGAUCGUCUGUUUUCGUAUCUUGAGACUAUUUAUCAAAGGUCACCGCACGAGGAAAAGACAAAGGAGAAAGAAUUCCGAUAUGGACGAUCUGAAAUCCCUCAACAAUUCGAGCCAACCCCUGUGAAGGAAGGCAGGAAAUAAAUGGAUACGGGUGAAGGGAAGAUGAAGCGUGAAGAAGCAAGCAAGAAAGAAAGCCAAUAGAAUCAGGUUACCUCUAACAUCGGUGGAGGAUUGCAUCUUGUGUUCGUGAUGACAGCGAUGUCGAGGCAGCGGUACGCGAACCGCAGCAGCGGGAACAGAUAAGGAAGGGAGGAGCCACGCGUCGGGCAAUCAUGUGUAGUGUCAUGUGGCUCCUUCGGCUCCUAACGACUUGCUGCCUCGUUUAUCUAUCGACGUCCGACUUCCACACAGAUCUAUCAAUAAUAACAGAUUCAAUAUCAACGAAAUCGACGACGGCGGCAAAGCGAUCGGUACCGACGGAUGCGCCGAUGUUGAACUACAUUUUCGAUGCGCACAGCACGCUGAACAAACAUCAACACCAUCACGAUCACAGGUGGGGCCCCCAUUUCGAGGGAGAAAGCAAGAAUAUGACGGUACAGGCUGGCGGUAGCGCCCUGCUUGACUGCAGGAUAUCCUUGCUACAAGAUAAAACCGUGUCUUGGGUACGCAGGCAAGACAAUGGGGAAAAGGUAAAUUUGCUGACAGUGGGUCAGCAGACGUACAUAGGAGACCCAAGGUACACGGUGAAGUUCCAAUACCCGGAUAACUGGCGUCUACAAAUCCAACCGGUGAACAGUAGCGACGAGGGCCAGUACGAGUGCCAAGUCAGCACUCAUCCGCCCAAGUAUAUUCACGUGAAUCUUCACAUCAACGCACCAUCCGUCCAAAUAGUGGACGCCCUGGGUGAACCUCUGAGAGACAAGUAUUAUGAGGCUGACAGCACUAUAGAGCUGUUAUGCGUUGUGCGCCACAUAGCAAUGCAAGUGCAAUACAGUGUCGUGCAGUGGCUUCAUGGCAACAGAGUUUUGAACUACGACACGACGAGAGGCGGUAUCAGCGUGAAAACGGACCUAAUGGAAGAGGGGGCCAAUUCGACUCUCAGCAUAGCGAGGGUGGGACCAGCUGACAGCGGAAACUACACGUGCCAUCUAACCACCAUGCCCGAUCAACCUGCCACCGUUCAUGUGCAUGUGCUGAACGGAGAAAGCUUAGCCGAGCUGCAUCACGGUUCCGCAGAGGUCGCCAGUAACGGUUCGUUGCUGCUCCUCUUAUGCGUCUUUCUCGGUCGGAUACAACAGGUGCUGAGAUGAAGGAUCGACCAGUUUCGUCGCUUCCUCGCCGCAUCACAAUACACAGAACUUUUAUAUUAUCGUUGGGAGAAUGGACGUGGCCAUACGUGAACAAGAAACGUGAAAAAACGGACGAGAGGAGGGCGGUGAAUGCAAAAAACUUGAAAAGUUGAAACUCUGCGAGAGGAGAAUGGGCUUGAGGCGUGGGGAAAGGUUGGCAGCAUUGGUCCGCCAUUGUCUUUCUGCGUCGCUCACAUCCUUGAUUCCAUCUGUCAACUUGUCAGAGCGCUUCGACUUCGCGUUUUUUGUCCUUCCAGCUAGUGGAGCACUGGUGGUUAAUCGGAAGCUGAUGAAUCAUCCUGGGAGGAGGAAUUUGUCGAUGAUUGGUUGGGUUCGAGGACCCAAGAAGAUUGAGAGGUUAAGAUUCGUCUUGUGCCUUUAUAUUUCGGUUUUCGGGGUAGUUUGGAGUUUAGUUUCGAUAGGGUGAAAUUAACCCUUAUGUCGAUAUUUUGAGUAUCUUUUGUUAUUUUUUACAGUGAAGGGGAAGAUACUUGGAUUUUCUUUUUUAUUUAUUUGCACAAAAUUCUAAAAUAUUUUCAAUUUCAAUUUAAUUAUUAUUUAAUUUAUAUUCUUAGAUUGGAAGUUAGAUUUUUAGGGAUUUUUUUGAUUAUUGAAAUUUUACAAGUCGAAUAAUAUCGAUAAUUCGGUCAAUAUUAUUGAUAUAAGGGUUAAGAAUAAAUUAAUUUAAGAUAAGUUAGUUGUACUAAUCCAAAUAUGAUGUAUACAUUUCAUAUCCAUUUUAGGUGUAAAUGUCUCGCAACCUAACGUGGAUGUCAGGUGCAUAUCUUUUACUAAGUUAAUUCGUAUAAUUGAAAGUAUCAUUCUCAUUCAUUCUACAUUGAUCCUGUAUGAUAAAUCUUGAAAUCAUCGAAUGCAUAAUCAAGUUUAUGAUAAUAAAUAAGUACGUACAGAUUUAAUACGUACGAAAAUAUAGAAAUAUAUUACAAUUUUGACAUAUCUUCUUGUUCAACGCUCGGAUAGACUGAAUUACCAAGUAAUUAGAAAAGAGAAAAAACUUAACACAUUCACCGUCUAUAUUUAUAUUAUAAAAGAAAAAUGUUCUUUCUUUUUACGUUAAAAUCCUUAGAAUUACGAAUUAAAAAUUAAAAAUUAUCUUAACCUUCAUAUGAAUGGAUAGUAAACGUGUUAAGUUUCAUCGAAUAAUCAAUCAUUCCAUACUUUUAUAUUUAUUUCUCCUUCAUUUUAUACAGAGAAAAAUGAUAGGAACAUGGAUUAUCAUAGAAUUCCUUAUUUCCUCUUUUUCAACUGUUCCGUAAUUUUAUAAGUCUAAAAUGAAAAAAAUAUUCCAUAUUUCCAUCACUUUCUCUGUGUUAAGCAUUAUCGAGAACCAAUACUAAAAAAUAUUCAAAAGAAUCAUCGAUAAAAAAAAAGAAACCUCUCGGCAAUCAGAAUCAUUCUACCGUGCAAGGAAACAAAAAAAAAUCGAAGCACAAUAUGUAACUAAAAAUUCCUUCCUCCCUGAAAUUGAAACAUUUCUUCCCCAAAUUUUUUAGGGGAUUUUGUUCCCGGCAAAAAUGCAGAAAAAAAGAAACUUCCGCAAAAAGUCGGUCCUCGAUCGAAUUUCCAUAAACGCAUUCCACAAUCGUCGAAGCGUUCCAAAUAAGUGUCGGGUGCAGGGACGUCGACAAAGGAAGUACGAGCCAUGCGCCACCGAUUUCCUGUAGGACGCGUGUCGGUGAAGUUCGAUUAUGCCCGGAAACCACCUCGACGCCCCUGUAUUUCCUUAUUCACUGCCGCUCCACAUCCUUCUUGAGAAGCAAGUUUUAUGGGGCACGAUGAUCCUUCUGAACGAUCCUAUCUUGACGUGUGUUCG